AUUCAAAACCUGAAAAGAGUCAUGGAAUGGAAAAUGCUUCCGAUUCACCUGCUGGUGUUUUGUCUUUUCUUGAUACAAGUUUCUUCUCAAGAUUUACCAAGCUGUGCAGGGAGAUGUGGGGAAGGGUAUACUAGAGAUGCCGCCUGCAACUGUGAUUAUAACUGUCAAUACUACAUGGAGUGCUGUCCUGAUUACAAGAAAGUCUGCACUGUGGAGCUUUCCUGUAAAGGUCGUUGCUUUGAGUCAUUUGCCAGAGGGAGAGAAUGUGACUGUGACGCUGCCUGUACAAAAUAUGGCAAGUGCUGUCCAGAUUAUGAAGACUUCUGUGAAGAAAUACAUAAUCCAACAACGCCACCACCAUCUCCAAAAACUCCUCGGCCAUCUCCAAAAACUCCUCGGCCAUCUCCAGAAGCUCCUCAAACUGUCAAAUCAACAACUAAACGUUCCCCCAAAACUCCCAAGAAGAGGACCUCUGACAAAGUGGUAGAAUCAGAGGAAAUAACAGAAGAACAUUCUAUUUCUGAAAAUCAGGAAUCCUCCUCUUCCUCUUCUUCUUCCUCUUCAACUGUUCGGAAAACCAAGUCUUCUAAAAAUUCAGCUGCUAAUUCAGCACUCAAGAAGAAACCCAAAGCUAAAGAUUCAAAGAAGAGAAACCCUAAAGAUAAACCUACUCCAGCAUCUCCAGUUGCGGAGGACCCAGGAAGUGGAUUAGACAAGCCCACUGCUGCUCCUGACACUGAUGUUCCUACCUCCCGGCCCACUCAAGUCACCACAAUCCUCAAAGUGACUACAGCAGCACCUCCAGCAGCUUCCAAGGAGAGUAAUAAGGUCACAUCAAAAGAGACAUCGACAACUGAAAAGGAGACAUCCACAGCUGCUAAAGAGACAACAAUUGUAACUAGAGAGGUGACUAGUACAGAUAAACAGACCUCAGCUACAGCUAAAGAGGCAACUACUUCAGCAAAAGAAACACUGACUACAGAGACAAUGACAGCUGCUAACGAUGCUAAGUCCACAACCAAGGACCCUGAGCCUACGCCUGAGGACCCUAAGCCCACACCUAAAGACCCCAAACCUACACCGAAAGACCCCAAACCUACACCUGAGGAUCCUAAGCCUACACCUAAAGACCCCAAACCUACACCUGAGGACCCUAAGCCUACACCCAAAGACCCCAAACCUACACCCAAAGAUCCCAAACCUACACCUAAGGACCCUAAGCCUACACCUAAAGACCCCAAACCUACAUCUGAGGACCCUAAGCCCACACCUAAAGACCCCAAACCUACACCCAAAGAUCCCAAACCUACACCUGAGGACCCUAAGCCCACACCUAAAGAUCCCAAACCUACACCCAAAGAUCCCGAACCUACACCUGAAGACCCUAAGCCUACACCCAAAGACCCUAAACCUACACCUGAGGACCCUAAGCCCACCAAAGACCCCAAACCUACACCCAAAGAUCCCAAACCUACACCUGAGGACCCUAAGCCUACACCUAAAGACCCCAAACCUACACCUAAGGACCCUAAGCCCACACCUAAAGACCCCAAACCUACACCCAAAGACCCCAAACCUACACCUGAGGACCCUAAGCCCACACCUAAAGAUCCCAAACCUACACCCAAAGAUCCCGAACCUACACCUGAAGACCCUAAGCCUACACCCAAAGACCCUAAACCUACACCUGAGGACCCUAAGCCCACACCCAAAGAUCCCAAAGCUACACCUGAGGACCCUAAACCAACACCUGAGGACCCUAAACCCACACCCAGAUCCAAAGCUACACCUGAGGACCCUAAACCUACACCUGAGGACCCUAAACCCACACCCAAAGAUCCCAAAGCUACACCUGAGGACCCUAAACCUACACCUGAGGACCCUAAACCCACACCCAAAGAUCCCAAAGCUACACCUGAGGACCCUAAACCUACACCUGAGGACCCUAAACCCACACCCAAAGAUCCCAAAGCUACACCUGAGGACCCUAAACCUACACCUGAGGACCCUAAACCCACACCCAAAGAUCCCAAAGCUACACCUGAGGACCCUAAACCUACACCUGAGGACCCUAAACCCACACCCAAAGAUCCCAAAGCUACACCUGAGGACCCUAAACCUACACCUGAGGACCCUAAACCCACACCCAAAGAUCCCAAAGCUACACCUAGGAAUCCCAAAGCUACACCUGAGGACCCUAAACCUACACCUGAGGACCCUAAACCCACACCCAAAGAUCCCAAAGCUACACCUGAAGACCCUAAACCUACACCUGAGGAUCCUAAACCCACACCCAAAGAUCCCAAAGCUACACCUGAAGACCCUAAACCCACACCCGAAGAUAUAACUUCUGUACCUACUACACCUGAAGUGACUACAAUUUCUAAGGAUAAAGUAAUUGAAAAAGAUACACCUGCUACUCCAAAAGUUACAACUGCUUCCCCAAAAGUGACAACUACAACCACUAAAGUGACAACCAGAGCAGUCACUUCACCGAAAGUGACAACUAAAGAGACAACUACUACAGCUAAAGCAACAACUACUGCCACCAAAGUGACAACGACUACUGCUAAAGAGAAAACUACCACAGCUGAAGAGAAAACUACCACAGCUGAAGAAAAAACUACCACAGCUGAAGAAAAAACUACCACAGCUGAAGAAAAAACUACUUCAUCAGAUAAGAAAAGUCCUAAAGUGACAACUCCCACCCCUAAAAAGCCAGCUCCUAAAGUGACGACUACUGCUUCUAAAGUGACAACCACCACAACCAAAGAAACAACUACUGUUUCAGAUGAGACGACUACUGCCCCCAAAGUGACACCGAAGUCUAAAACGACAACUACUGUCCCUAAAGUGACCACACCCAAACCCAUAAAGACAACCACUAAGACAAAAGAGACGACCACGAAAGCCAAGGAAACGACCAUUGUAACUAAAGAAACAGCUACUCCUUUGGCUCCAACUCCAGAUCCUAAACUAACAAACAAGAAGCCCACAGUUGCACCUCAGGAACCAGAAACUACAUCUAAAAUCACUACAAGUGAAAAGACAACUACCCUGAAGACGUCAACAGUAACUGAUCUGAAUUCUACGCCGCUGGCGGAGGCUACCCCCCAGACCGCUCCUGGACCCAACAGAAGGCCAAACUCAGAAAUAACAACUCUUACCAUAACAGAUGUCACUCCAAAGAAUGAAGGUUUGAAUAUUUUUGAGCAGGAGAAGCCUUAUCUGAAUCCUAGACCUCCUGUGUUUUUUCCAAUAGGUAUCCCGGGUUCUAACAUGUAUAUGGAAAGGAGACCUGGUCAAGACUUUAGUAACACCCCAAUGCUUUCAGAUGAGACUAACUUAUGCAAUGGGAAGCCAGUAGAUGGACUGACUACUUUGCGCAAUGGGACAUUAGUUGCAUUUAGAGGUCAUUAUUUCUGGUUGUUGAAUCCAUUCACUCCACCAUCACCAGCUCGGAGGAUUACUGAUGUUUGGGGCAUCCCUUCUCCCAUUGACACUGUUUUUACUAGAUGUAACUGUGAAGGAAAAACUUUCUUUUUUAAGGAUUCUCAAUACUGGCGGUUCACCAAUGAUAUAAAAGAUCCAGGUUAUCCUAAACCAAUUGCUAAAGGAUUUGGAGGUCUAAAUGGGAAAAUAGUCGCAGCUCUAUCAAUAGCAAAAUACAAAAACAGGCCAGAAUCUGUGUAUUUUUUCAAGAGAGGUGGCACCAUUCAGCAGUACACUUACCAACAGGAACCAAUUAAAAAGUGUUCUGGAAGAAGAUCUGCUAUAAACUAUUCAGUUUAUGGAGAACCCACCCAAGUCAGAAGGCGACGCUAUGAACGGGCUAUCAUUCCCUCCCAAACACAUACCAUCAGAAUAAGCUAUUCACCUGUCAGAGUUACUUAUCAAAAAGGUUUCCUUCAUAAUGAAGUUAAAUUGAAUACAAUUUGGAGAGGUCUUCCAAACAUGGUUACCUCAGCUAUAGCACUGCCUAACAUUAGGAAACCUGAUGGUUAUGAUUACUAUGCUUUUUCUAAAGAUCGAUAUUACAAUAUUGAUGUGCCGAGCAGAACAGCAAACUUAAUCACCACCCGUUCUGGACAAACAUUAUCCAAUGUUUGGUAUAAAUGUCCUUAAGCCUGAUUUUAAAAGAAGAUAUGAAAAACUUAAAGAAAAGAAUAUUUUGACAUGGAAAUGAUUUUAUUAAUAAAGAUGGUGAAAUGUGUGCAUACCAA